AUGACGACGGGCAGGGAGAAGAGGUGGAGCCUGGCCGGCGCGACGGCGCUCGUCACCGGCGGCAGCAAAGGAAUAGGGCGCGCCAUCGUGGAGGAGCUUGCCGGCUUCGGGGCGCGGGUGCACACGUGCUCCCGCAACGCGGCGGAGCUGGAAGAGUGCCGCCGGCAGUGGGAGGAGGAGAAGCUGGCGGUCACCGUCUCCGUCUGCGAUGUCUCCGUACGCGCUGCGAGGGAGAAGCUCAUGGAGACGGCCAGGGAAUCUUUCGACGGCAAGCUUGACAUAUUGGUGAACAAUGCAGGGCAAUUGUUUUUCAAAGUGGCUACGGAGUUGACGGAAAACAACUACUCGCAUCUGAUGGAGACUAAUUUAGCAUCGAGCUUCCACCUCAGUCAGCUAGCACACCCUCUCCUCCUCAACGCCUCCAUAUGCGGAGGAGGAAGUAUUGUCAACAUCUCCUCCAUUGCAGGCUCAGUUGGCUUUCCAUGCUUCACACUUUAUAGCAUUACAAAAGGAGGAAUGAACCAACUUACAAGGAGCCUCGCCACUGAGUGGGCUAGAGACAAUAUUCGUGUGAACGGUGUUGCUCCAUCCAUGAUCAUGACUGACAUGAUCAAAGAUGUACGUAUAGAGUCGGAGGCCAUGGAGAAAGAGUACUCGCGGAUCCCGAUGGGCCGUAGUGGCAAGCCAGCAGAGGUCGCGUCGGUGGUAUCCUUCCUUUGUAUGCCCACGGCAUCCUAUAUCACCGGCCAAGUUAUUUGUAUUGACGGUGGUCGAUCUAUUUGUUAG